GGAGGUCUGGAUGUCCUGCAAAUGAAAGAGGAAGAUGUCCUCAAGUUUCUGGCUGCAGGAACGCACUCGGGUGGCACCAACCUCAACUUUCAAAUGGAGCAGUAUAUCUACAAAAGGAAAACUAAUAGUAUUUACAUUAUAAAUCUAAAACAGACAUGGGAGAAGCUUCUUCUUUCUGCACGUGCCAUCGUAUCCAUUGAAAAUCCAGCUGAUGUUUGUGUGAUUUCCUCCAGAAAUACUGGCCAGAGGGCUGUUCUGAAAUUUGCUUCUGCCUGUGGAGCCACCCCAAUUGCUGGUCGCUGACCUGGUACUUUCACCAAUCAGAUUCAAGCUGCUUUCCGUGAACCACGCCUGUUAGUUGUGACUGGCCCACAUGCUGAUCAUGAACCACUUACUGAGGCAUCAUACGUCAAUAUUCCAGAUUCACCUCUGUGUUAUGUGGAUAUUGCCAUCCCCUGUAAUAACAAUGGUGCCCAUUCUGUUGUGUGGUGGAUAUUAGCUUGCAAAGUUCUGCGCAUAAGGGCAACAAUUUCCUGUUAUGGCUCCUUCCAAAGCGCUGUGGGACUAAUCCUUUAA